GUGGGCUGAGGGCGGUGACAGAGAGCUCGGGCUUGCGCUUGCGCGCGUCCUCGCGAGCGGCUGUAACUCCAGCGGUCAAUUAAGAAGCGGGCUCUUGACGGGGGAGGCGGUCGACGCUCAAGUUUACAAACGAGUUCGGAAGUCUGCCUUCUGCAUUUUUGCUUUCUUCUUAACUUGGACCCGGCGCCGCAUCAUCUUUUCAAUUCGGGAAGCUGGCGGACAGAUUUCGUUCUAACUGGGUGCCGCUUUUUUUUUUUUCUUUUGGUCAGGAAACUCAACGUACGUAGCGGCUCGAGCGCACUUUUCCGCGGGCCAAGAAGACGAGACCUGGCGGCUGGACUGACAGACAGAGCCGAGAUUUAGGACGGAAGUCGUCCGGAGCUUCGUGGACGAGCGGUGAACGUCUUCCUAAUUGUCGAAGGGGGGAAAAAAAACUUAACGGCGUCACAACUCGGCCUGGCCCCCGUCUCGCCGACCGACGGACUCGUUUGCGGCUUGCUUGUUUUCUUUUCCCCCCCUCUUUUUUUCCCCCCAGCCGGUGCAGAGCGUUGACGUAUCCCGAAGAGGGCAACUUUGCUCGUCAGUAUGCCAGCUUCAGAUGGUGCGUCCGCUGCCUGUUCCAAGUCGAGCACGUCGCCUCGCCGGACUUGUGCCUUGUGAAGAUGACGUCUUAUGAGUGUAGAAAUGUCGGAUUACAGCCAAAGAUGUGUAUGUCGGUGUAGGCUUCGUGACAUGGAGUUUGAGCGCAGCGCGAGCUUCCAGAGGGUGAGAGUAAGUUAAAGCCGUAGCUCGCUGUCCUCCUAAGAUUCUCCAACUCCCUUCCGAUGGAUCGCAUGUUUUGAUGGCUGCCUGGUCCGGAGAAUGUCGACAGACGGCACGGAGCUGAGAGUCUCUGACGGAUCCUCUUUGCCUUUAACAUAACGAGGGCAGCUUCUGAGUGUCAGCGCCGCGAUUUAACGGUUAAAACGCUUUGCAACUUUGGACGCCAUCUAGAAGAGCCGAAAGGAAAAGUUGUGCCUCGCAGUGCACGGUGCACGCUGGCCUGAUUUGUGCCUUCCUUCCCCUUGCUGCUGUCGCCAUGUUUUAAGAUACAAUAAAGGACCAGCUUGAGGAUUUUCUUUGGGUCCAAAAACUUUUUUUUAAUUUUGUUUUGGCCUGCGUACCUUCGUAAACUGUCGAAUCCAACUUCCUUCCAGCAGUCCAAAGAACAGGAUUGAAGCUAUAAACCAUUUUCUUUACUCCCGUCUCUCUCAUAAUCGGCUUUCCAAUUUAUAUAUAUAUAUAUAUUUUUUAUACAUUAUAUUGAAUCCGGGCCUUCAUCACAACCCUCCUUUUGAGGAUUACAAAGGCAUAUGCAAUGCGUGAUGGAUGUCCAUGAAGAGUCCGAGUUCUCCCGUUCAAGUCCUGCGGAGAGCUGAAACUCUGCCCAGAUGCUGUUAUCGAGCUAGCAAGAUUUGGGGAGACUUUCUGAAGACUGGCAUCGUGUGCCCCAGGGCACUCUCCACAGAGGGACUCGAAUUGGCUGAGCCCCGAGUUUGGGGGCACUUUGUGCUAAGUAGGACAUCAGGUUGUUGUCAUGACCAAGACUUGGUGAAGGCAUGGAUUUUCGAAGACCUGAAAUUGGUUUGGGAAAGCAGUCCUUAAAAAUGGAUGAACAGGAAGCCCUGCACUCCAUCAUGAAAGACCUGGUGGCCUUGCAGAUGAGCCGGCGGAACAGGCUUACUAAUUACGAGAGUGUGAAGGGCAAGGCAAACAGCCAGUCCAACAAACAGAAUGAUGUACGAGUAAAGUUUGAACAUAAUGGGGAACGAAGAAUAAUCCAGUUUACUAGGCCAGUUAAGUAUGAAGAUGUGGAGCAGAAGGUGAAGACUGCUUUUGGACAGCAGCUUGAUCUUCACUACAUGAACAAUGAGUUGUUCAUCCCACUUCGACGUCAGGAUGACCUGGAUAAAGCCAUUGACCUCCUCGACCGGAGCAGCAACAUGAAGAGCAUUAAGAUUCUGUUGUUGUCCCAGGAGAGAAAUCAUGUGACUUCACAUAGCCUUCCCAAGCAAGUGCGCAUCAAAGCAUCCCAGUCCGUGGGAGAUGUCACCGCAGCCUUCCAGCCCCCAGAGCCCAGGAGCCGGCACCUGUCUGUCAGUUCACAAAACACUGGUCGCAGUUCCCCUCCUCCUGGUUACGUACCUGAAAGGCAACAGCGUAUCGCACGGCAGGGGUCUUACACCAGCAUCAACAGUGAAGGAGAGUUCAUCCCUGAAACCAGCGACCAGUGUAUGUUGGACCCCCUGAGCAGCGCAGAGAACUCUGUAUCCGGAAGCUGCCAGUCGCUUGACCGCUCCGUGGAUAGUCCAUCUUUUAGGAAAUCACGAAUGUCCCGGGCCCAGAGCUAUCCAGACAACCGGCAAGAAUUCCCAGAUCGGGAAAACCAGAUCUACGACAAAGCGGGCAAAGGAGGCACCUAUCCUCGUCGGUACCACAUGUCCUUACAGAACAAGGAUUACAAUGAUGGUCGCAGGACAUUCCCUCGGAUUCGAAGACAGCAGGGCAACCUCUUCACGCUGGUCCCCUCCAGCCGCUGCCUGAGCACCAAUGGAGAAAACCUGGGCCUAGCGGUGCAGUACAAAGAUGGCCGAGUGCGCCUACGGAGUGCAGACAGUGAGAACACUCUCAGCGUGCAGGAGAGAAACAUCCCAACAAAGUCCCCCAGUGCCCCACUUAACUGGCGAAGAGGGAAACUGCUUGGACAAGGAGCCUUUGGACGUGUCUACCUGUGCUAUGAUGUGGACACGGGCCGGGAGCUCGCCGCUAAGCAAGUACAGUUUGAUCCAGAGAGCCCGGAAACCAGCAAAGAGGUGAGCGCUCUGGAGUGUGAGAUCCAGUUACUGAAGAAUUUACGACAUGAGCGGAUUGUACAGUAUUAUGGCUGCCUGAGGGACCGAGCCGAGAGGACGUUGACCAUCUUCAUGGAGUACAUGCCUGGGGGAUCAGUGAAGGACCAGCUGAAGGCCUAUGGCGCCCUGACGGAAAACGUCACCCGCAAGUACACACGGCAGAUCCUCGAGGGGAUGUCUUACCUUCACAGCAAUAUGAUUGUGCACCGGGAUAUCAAAGGUGCCAACAUCUUACGAGAUUCUGCAGGGAAUGUCAAGCUGGGAGACUUUGGAGCCAGCAAACGUCUGCAGACUAUUUGCAUGUCUGGGACGGGAAUUCGCUCGGUGACCGGCACCCCAUAUUGGAUGAGCCCGGAGGUGAUCAGCGGCGAGGGCUACGGCAGGAAGGCAGACGUGUGGAGUCUGGGCUGCACGGUGGUAGAAAUGCUGACUGAGAAACCUCCCUGGGCAGAGUUUGAAGCUAUGGCUGCCAUCUUCAAAAUUGCCACCCAGCCAACCAAUCCGGUGCUUCCUUCCUACAUAUCGGAACACUGCCGGGACUUCCUGAAACGCAUCUUUGUGGAGGCGAAGCACAGGCCGUCGGCGGAGGAGCUGCUCAGACACCCCUUCUUUCAGGUCUUGUACUGAGCGGAGGUUGUGGAGCAGAAUGGCGGCGGGCCUGGGCCUUCCUGAGUUGGACUGCGAGCAGAAGGUGGCGCUUACGUGCCCAGUCUGCUUUGAGGAAGGGGAGUGCGGUGUGGGAGUAACGGGGGGCCCUGGAGCCCCGGCUUGGCAUUUUAGUCACCUGACACUUGGGUGUGUCUGCGAGUUUGUACCAAAGAUGAAUUUGAUUGCCAAAAACACAGAUGUGCUGGACGAGGAGGCCCGGACACCCGACUGGCACGGCUCUGCUUGGCACACAUCGCCAAGGGUGUCGACGGUGGGCUCGGCCGGCAGACUGUCACCAAGGCUUUGCAGAUAAGCCACUUCUAAGUGUUACUUUGUCCCCGAUGCACUUUUAUGAAUGUUGUGUUUUGUAUUUUGCUUUUAGGUUUUUAUUUUGUUUUUUUUAUCAUUAAUGUGACUUUUUUUUUUUAUUUAUAUCCUAGAAAUUUUGAUAUCAACUCAGUAGACUGUUUGAAAUCUAAAGAUGCCUUAAAACCAAACAACAGAAAAGCAGCUGGUUUUGCCAAGAUUAGACGGUGGGUUUAUUUUGUAGGGGGAGAGCCUGAAGAGACGCGCCACCUCGCCUGCUGCGCCACUCUGGGGACGUUUACCACCUCUGGGGAGGGCGAGCCGCUGCACUUGAGCUUGGCACGGUGGCAUUGAAAAGCCAAGCUGUGCCCGUUGUUCAGGUUUUCUUCCCUUGUGCCCAGCUACCUGCUGGCACUCACCGGUCCAUUUUCUUUUGCUGAAAGCCUGAAAUUGCCAAACAGAUUGACCUUCUGGGCUGCCACCCUUGUAGUUCAGAGAGUACCAGGACCUUCCUCCACUCUGACAGUUUUGUAGGAUGGCCGUGCUCAUGGGUACAUGCCAGUCUGAAUACCCUGUUUUGAGUCUCGUCCGCUCCCCCUUUGCCAAAGGUGCAGGACAUCAGCAUCCCAGAGUAGUCUUGAUUGGCACGAUCAGCCCCCCCGUUUCCAUUAUGUAGAACCACGUCGGAGCGCUGGCAGCAUCUGGGCAUGUGAAUGCUGCCCCCACGGUGCUAUUGGUGCUGCAGUGAGUGCCAAAUGAAGUUUAUUUUGCCCCCGACCCAUACUACAUGCUCCUGCCCACACGUGGUGCCCCCUGCAGUCUGUUACCUUUACUGCCUUUCCAAGGUGGCCAGUUUGGGGUGAACUCUCCAGAGUGGCGGACGGAGGUGGCGUUUUCUCCCGGCCUGACGUUUCCGUUGAGCUUGGCGCUCGUUUUCUCGGUGCUCAGGCAUUGCUGCCAUCUGUUGCUGAGAAUGUCUCUCCUCGUGCCCAGCCUUCGCCCCUUGUGCUUUGUUUCGGGCUGUGGGUGUGUCUGGUGCGCCCGCGCUGGUCCAGGUGGGCACGGAAGGAGAGGCCCCCUUGAGCACUGAGAACGCAGAGGCUGGCGCUGAACGGGAGAUCCUGAAGCAGUAGUGCGUGUACAGUAGCCGACGAUGAUGAUGAUAUUGAAGUAUCCAAAUGUUUAUCGACAGGGAGCUUGCAGUGCAAAGCCAGCCCAGUGUAUCAGAUUUAUGUCAAUAAAGUGGUCCUAUGUCUCGAUGACACGCGAGUGACGCCUGCUGUGUGACACAAAGAAGGGACGAGGCAGCUGCCGAGUUCAAGUCCUUUAUUGGUGACCUUGACACUCUGACCUUCACACCAGCUCUUUGUUUCUUAAAUGCAUAAAAAAAGUAAAAAAAAAAAAACACACCGCGGUGCCAAUCAAAGACCACGUGAUGAAGGGUCGAGUCUCGGGGACCCCCCAGGAGGGCCACAGGUGAGUCCACAUCACUGACUGUCUGACCAGGAGGGAGCCCCCCCCUUCAAGAUGGCUGGACCCACCGGGCAUUUCAUGAAAUCACAAAGCUGCCCACUUACUGCCACUGCACAUCUCUUAAGGGUGGGCACCUGGUAUGAGGGAGGGGUGGCAGUGGGGCCUAUCUGCUCUCUGAGGUAGACGUCAUGCAGGCCCAAGUGACCACCUGUAAGCCCUGGGGGUCCA